CCGGCGUGAGCAGAGACCGCAGGGAAGGCGAGCCGGAGUCGGGGAUAAGAGGCCGGGAGAGCCCGUCCGAGCCGGAGAGACCCGGAGAAAAGGCAGAAAGCGAGUGUGAGGCGCGCACGCUGCCCGAGCUCGGGCGGACGAGUGCAGUCUCCUCCAUCGCCUUAGAGCGGCGCCCCAGUCACUGCAGCUUUCCACCCCAGAGCUGUGCCCAGGGAUCACAGAGACCAAGAGCCGAGAAAUCGGCAGCGAGACCUGCAGCUAACUGGAUUUGAUUUAUAAGAGGGAAAUCUACAGUCAAUGGCCACUCUCGCCACGUUGCUACUAUGGAAAACAGAAUGAUCAAUAGGAUAUGGUCUGAUAAAUAAUGAUGAUUGAAGAUGCUACUUCAAUACAUGUGAAAUCAAUGGGAGAUACUGGCUGCAUGAAGAGCUUUCUGAGCUUUUCUUGACAAGCUUGCCUUUAAGAUAUUGGAGGUGUAUUCUACCAUUAUACGGCCUUUCUCAAGUGGAUACAAAUACCUCUGCCUCACUGUAACCAGACAAUUACACAACUAAUGUGGGACCAUGGCACUGCCCAGAUGCGUGUGGCCGAAUUAUGUUUGGAGAGCAGUGAUGGCAUGCUUGGUACACAGGGGAUUGGGUGCCUCACUGACUCUCUGUGUGUUGGGAUGUUUGCUUCAGGCUGCCCAUGUGCUCUCACAAAAAUUGGAUGAUGCAGACCCAGUGGUCACUACCAACUUUGGCAAGAUAAGAGGGAUUAAGAAGGAACUCAACAAUGAAAUUUUGGGGCCUGUUAUUCAGUUUCUUGGGGUUCCAUAUGCAGCCCCACCAACAGGGGAACAUCGUUUUCAGCCUCCAGAGCCACCAUCUCCUUGGUCAGAUAUCAGGAAUGCUACUCAAUUUGCUCCUGUGUGUCCCCAGAAUAUCAUUGAUGGCAGAUUGCCAGAAGUCAUGCUUCCUGUGUGGUUUACUAAUAACUUGGAUGUGGUUUCGUCAUAUGUACAAGACCAGAGUGAAGAUUGCCUGUAUUUAAACAUAUAUGUCCCAACUGAGGAUGAUAUUCGGGACAGUGGGGGUCCCAAACCAGUGAUGGUGUAUAUCCAUGGUGGCUCAUAUAUGGAAGGUACUGGAAAUUUAUAUGAUGGGAGUGUCUUGGCAAGUUAUGGCAAUGUGAUCGUCAUCACAGUCAACUAUCGACUUGGGGUACUUGGUUUCUUAAGCACAGGGGAUCAAGCUGCAAAAGGAAACUAUGGACUCCUUGAUCUCAUACAGGCUCUAAGAUGGACUAGUGAGAACAUUGGAUUCUUUGGUGGUGACCCCUUAAGAAUCACUGUUUUUGGAUCUGGUGCUGGGGGUUCAUGUGUCAAUCUGCUGACUUUAUCCCAUUAUUCUGAAGGUAACCGUUGGAGCAAUUCAACCAAAGGACUUUUUCAACGAGCAAUUGCUCAAAGUGGAACAGCUCUUUCCAGCUGGGCUGUUAGUUUCCAACCUGCAAAAUAUGCUAGAAUGUUGGCCACAAAAGUUGGCUGCAAUGUUUCCGAUACAGUAGAGUUAGUGGAAUGCCUACAGAAGAAGCCUUACAAAGAACUUGUUGACCAAGAUAUUCAACCAGCACGAUAUCACAUAGCCUUUGGACCUGUGAUUGAUGGUGAUGUAAUACCAGAUGACCCUCAGAUAUUGAUGGAACAAGGAGAGUUUCUCAACUAUGAUAUAAUGUUAGGAGUUAACCAAGGGGAAGGGUUAAAAUUUGUUGAAAAUAUAGUAGAUAGUGAUGAUGGUAUAUCGGCUAGUGAUUUUGACUUUGCUGUUUCCAAUUUUGUUGAUAAUUUAUAUGGCUAUCCUGAAGGCAAAGAUGUUUUGAGAGAAACUAUUAAAUUCAUGUAUACUGACUGGGCUGACCGUCAUAACCCUGAAACCAGAAGGAAGACAUUAUUGGCUUUGUUUACGGACCAUCAGUGGGUGGCACCAGCUGUAGCUACAGCAGAUCUUCACUCAAACUUUGGUUCACCUACAUAUUUCUAUGCCUUUUACCAUCAUUGCCAAACAGAUCAGGUUCCAGCUUGGGCUGAUGCAGCUCAUGGAGAUGAGGUUCCCUACGUACUAGGAAUCCCCAUGAUUGGACCUACAGAGUUAUUUCCUUGCAAUUUCUCCAAAAAUGACGUGAUGCUGAGUGCAGUCGUAAUGACAUACUGGACAAAUUUUGCUAAAACUGGUGACCCAAAUCAACCAGUCCCUCAAGACACGAAAUUCAUCCAUACCAAACCCAACCGCUUUGAAGAAGUAGCAUGGACCAGAUAUUCCCAGAAAGAUCAACUUUAUCUCCAUAUUGGAUUAAAACCAAGAGUUAAAGAACAUUACAGAGCCAAUAAGGUGAACCUCUGGUUGGAGCUGGUACCUCAUCUGCAUAAUCUUAAUGACAUUUCUCAGUAUACCUCGACAACAACUAAAGUGCCAUCAACUGACAUCACUUUCAGGCCUACAAGAAAAAAUUCUGUACCUGUCACAUCAGCCUUUCCCACCGCCAAGCAGGAUGAUCCCAAACAACAACCAAGUCCAUUUUCAGUGGAUCAAAGGGACUACUCAACAGAGCUGAGUGUCACAAUUGCAGUUGGAGCAUCACUGCUAUUUCUGAACAUCUUGGCCUUUGCAGCCCUGUACUACAAAAAGGAUAAGAGGAGACACGAUGUUCACAGGAGAUGCAGCCCUCAGCGUACUACUACCAACGAUCUGACCCAUGCACAAGAAGAGGAGAUCAUGUCCCUCCAAAUGAAGCACACUGAUUUGGAUCAUGAAUGUGAGUCCAUCCAUCCACAUGAGGUGGUUCUUCGGACCGCCUGCCCCCCAGAUUACACACUAGCUAUGAGGAGGUCACCUGAUGAUGUUCCCUUAAUGACACCCAACACCAUUACAAUGAUUCCUAACACUAUACCAGGGAUUCAACCCUUACACACAUUCAAUACAUUUACUGGAGGACAGAACAAUACUCUGCCCCAUCCUCAUCCCCACCCUCAUUCACAUUCAACAACCAGGGUAUAGCCAGACAAGAGAAACAAACUCUAUUUUUUUGAUGGAUUGCAGUAAAAGAUUACUGAAGAUUCCUUGGCUUUCAACCUACAAGACUCUUACUAUUUAAAUAAGGAGGAAUAUUAUGUGCAUAUACAUAUCAAGAACUUUGGGGGUUUUGAAAAAAAUGAAUUGUACAUAUAUACACAAAUCAACUUUAAAAAUGAAUUUCAAUUGCGUGAAGCGAUUGUUCUGAAUGAUACUUUUUCAUUCACAUUCAAGAAUUAAUUUUUUGAAGAUUUAUGUUACAUAAUGGAAUUAGGCAUGUGGAACACCAAACAGGAGAGAACUAUGUCUGAAAUAGAAAAAAUAAAAAUGAAAAAGCAACCAUGAAUAUGCACAAGGGACACACCAAUGGAAUGUCAGAUGAUAAUUUUCACCAGUUUUUAUUUGGAGCCGUUUUAUUGUGUAGACCAUAUUUACAUAUUUGGAUAAGUACACAAAGCACCAAUGCUGUUAAUGGCCUUAGUGGAGGCUCAUGCUGAAAUUUGCCAGUAAAACAAAGAAGUUUAAAGACUGGCAGGUACAACAUUAUCACAUAAGUGCUGUCAGUACAAAGUUGUGGGGAUAAAGGAAACUGGAUAUUUUUAGCACGAUGUGCAUGAUAAUUUAUAUGCUUGGUGGCUGUGCUGCUGAUUAAGCCGUAAUUAAAAUUCUUCUCAUCCCAUUGGAGUUUUUAAUAGAAGCUUCCUCCAUCAAUUGGCAGAACCUAAAGAAGAUUUUAAGGGGCAAAAGUAAUUACAGUUAAAUAAUUCACAGUAGUUUUGAUAAUAGAAGGAAUUAGUUAUUAAAGGUAUUCGAAGAAACUAUAGCUAUAGCGGUGAAUACUGGCUGAUAUGAAUCCCAGAAAAAAAUUUCCUGUGUUUUUAAUGUUCUUUUUUAUUCCCAUCUAAAUAAUUUAUAGAAAUAUAACCCUAAUUGGACAUGUGUUACAGGAUCUAUAAUUUGCUGUGGUUUUUGUUACUCUGUAUUUUGUUCCUUUUGGUAAGGUGAAGUGUGUCCAAAGAGUUACUUCCAACAGUCUUUUAUGAUAUGAGGAUGCCCCAAAUUACCACUCUGAUUACAGUUCUCAGUUAAUUGAUUUACUCACGUUGCAUGACAAAAUGUUUACUAAUAAUAAUUCAAUAUAAAGUUCCGUCCCUCCUCACAUCACUUAUCUCUCUCACUGAGAUUCAUUCACUGGAAUUUACUCACGCAAUCUCAGUAGAGUAUAAUACAGAUAGAGAAGCUAGAAGGAGAGUCAACACCUGGAGGAUUUUAGUCUUACACACGUGUGAUUUUAAAUGAAUAUUCCAAGAUACAGGAAACUCUUCAUCCCCCUGUUGUUUACCAGUAACAGUAUAUCACAGACCUUUCCAAAUGUUUGUAUAUGUAAUCAGAUGUACAUUUAUAUUAAAAAAAAUUGAGAUGGACUUAAAGAGCACAUCCUGAUAAAUACUUUCUCUCUUACCUGUACUAUAUUUCUAUUAGACUAAAGUUAUGUGAUUUUUUUUUACAUUUUUUCAGAUGACUAGCAAUUUUGAUAGUUUGUAAGAUAAUGCAAAGAACUUUCUCUGACAAACUAACUGCAGUAACAGAAACCUUUCUUUUCAGUUACUCUUUUUCAAGAAUGAAAGCUUAUUAUACAAAAAAAAUUGUAUACUACUUGACGGAAACAACUUUGUACAUCUUGGCCAUGUCACUGGUCAUUGCGUGAAAUAAAGAUAAUCUGGAUAAUGACUAUUAGUCCAAUGCUAAGAGACAUGAUCUUUGCUCAUUAAAGAGCUAAAAUGUUUAUUGCUGUUUUGUCUUUUUUUAAAAAAUCAAAAGGAACGUGACUGUCUCAGAGUCAUUUUUCUAGACCAGUCGGGUUUUUGAAGACAUAUAGGUAACUUCUACAGAAAACACACCAUGUAUUUAAAGGCAAGUCUCAUCUAAUAUGAAACUGUUGAAACUCUAACAUUGCGAAUUCAUAAUCCUAGGAACUCACGAAAAAUAUUAGCUUUGUAUUUUUAAACACCUCUUAAGUGAAAGUGCUGUAGAAAUAAAAAGUGACAAUUGUUUUCAGAUAGAAACACAGGUUCCAAUUCUGAUCAAGGAAAAGGUCUAUGAGAAUAAAUGUGCAAUAUUUCAUGGAAUGAGAAUAGCUGGGUUUAUGAUGUAAGGGUGAGUAAACUAUCAUAAAGUAAUGGAUAGAAAGUUAUUCUUCUAGGAGAAUUUAAAAGUGCUGAGCAAGACAUUAAGCUGACACUAAAAGAUAAAAAUCUUCUACUUCAAGAAAUUUCUUUGUUUAUAA